AAAUGUCAGGUGAUAAUAACAAGACUAUAUUUUAGCACACUUUAUUAAUAAGUUACUCAGAAAUUGCUUAAAAAUGGACGAUAAAUAUGAAACGGUGAAGCUAUGUUACACAAUACACAAAUACUCGAGCCAUUCGGCCAAUUAUAUACCAGAAAAUAUAAUGGUGAACAACCCAUCGGAUCAACUCUCGAGAUGGUUUACAGACAGCAACACGCCCUCACAGUAUAUAAUGUUGAAAAUAAAAGGGCCUGCUAUAGUGGAGACUAUCAAAUUCGGGAAAUACAUUAAAGCUCACGUCAGUGACCUGAAGAAAUUCCAAAUAUUAGGAGGCACAGAUGAACACAACUUGUCAGUGUUAUUAUCAGCAGGGCUCAAAAAAGACAGUGCCCCAGAGGUAUUCAGGCUCCGGCACAGAACCACAGAAGGCCUGUACUUGCCGGUGCAGUACCUGAAGAUAGUGCCGCUGCAGUCUUGGGGCCCGGCAUACAACUACACCAUCUGGUAUGUGGAGCUCCAGGGAAAGACGCAUGAAGAUCUGAUGGCCAGUGUGCUGGAUACUAUUAAUUUGCGCAAAGAGGAAGAAGCGGUUCGAAUGCUCCUAAAACACUUACGCCGGCGCCGCUACAAGGACGCCUUCGAAGCCCUAGCGCGCGAGAGCGGCGUGCGGCUCGAGGGCGAGCUGCAGGCGCGGCUGUGGCACGCGUUAGUUGAGAACGGGGACUACAAGCUGGCAGAGGAUAUCCUGGACGAGGCGGUCACUGAAGGCGAAUUCGACUGGUACAUGUCGUGGCAGCCGUACACGCCGGUGUGGCGCGAGAUGUCGGGAUGCUCCGUGCAGGUGGAAGACCGGUUAUGCUGCGACACGCCGCCCCCACAGCGCUCCAACGAGCUGUCGUGCGCCGACCGCGAGCCACGACCGCUCGAUGCGGAGGUGCCCGUCAACGGCGAAUCAUCAGAAUGCGAUACCACCUGCUGUACCAAACCCGGUCCUCGCGGUGGUCACCAACUAGUAGUGGACUCCACUACUGGCACACUGUACCUCUUCGGUGGCUGGAACGGGACGGAAGACCUCGACGACUUGUGGUCAUAUGACACGGAGACGGAGCGCUGGGCGCUCCUCUGCCGGCACAGCGGCCUCGAGAACGGGCCCUCGCCGCGCUCGUGCCACAAAAUGGUGUUCGACCCCGUGCACAGAAGGUUAUACACGCUGGGGAGGUAUCUGGACAACGCGCAGCGAGUGCCCAGCAAUAUGAAUAGCGACCUAUACAUGUACGACGUGCCCACCAGCCAGUGGUCGCUAGUGAUGGCCGACACAGCAGCGGCGGGCGGGCCUCGCCUCGUGUUCGACCACCAGAUGUGCAUCGACAGCGACACGCGCACCGUCUACGUAUUCGGCGGCCGGGUGCUGCCACACAACACAGAGGAAGCCGCAACACCGCAGUACUCCGGCCUGUACGCGUACUACCUAAACACCAACACCUGGCAGCUGUUACUCGCUGACAGGCACUCGCUGCCCGCACCGCAGCCGCGCGUGUCGCACUCCAUGCUGUUCCACCCGGUCCAACGUAAGCUGUACAUGUUCGCCGGGCAGCGCAACAAGGAGCACCUGCUGGACCUGUGGUGGUGGGACGUGGGCUCCGGGCGCUGCGGCGCGCUGUGCAGCGGCGCGGCCGCGUGCCCGCCGCCCGCCGCCGGCUUCACGCAGCGCGCCACGCUCGACCCCGACACCGACGAGCUCUUCGUGCUCUCGGGCAUGAGCAAAGAGAAAGACAAGCGCGUGUACAACACAUUAUGGGUGUUCUCACUACGGCGCCUGACCUGGACGUGCGUGUACCGGAACGACAGUAUAGCACCGCACGAGCCCCGACCGCGCUUCGCCCACCAGCUGGUCUACGACCCCGUGCGGAAGAUACACUACCUAUUCGGCGGCAACCCCGGCAACCAGAACAGCCUCCGCCUCCGCCUCGACGACCUCUGGGCCCUCCAUUUAAAACGAGCCUCCAUUGAGAAAGUCUCCAGGGAAGCCAAACUCGCUCUGAGAGAAGCUUGCUUCAGAGAGCUGGCAGCAACGCCUGGGAGGGACACCAUGGCGUUAAAGUAUCUGAGGAAGGAGCUACAUGAUGUACUGGAUCAUAAUAAUCCUGAGGAGGUGGAGCGUUUCCACGCGCUGGCGACGGUGCUGUUCUCGGGCGGCGGCGUGGGGCGCGGCGCGGUGGCGCUGACGCCGCGCCGCGCGCGCACGCUGGCGCGCCGCCGCGCCACACACGCCGCGCCGCCCGACCUCGCGCACAAGCUGCACCAGGUGCUAGGUGCCGACGACACGAUCCCGGAGCCCCCGACCCCGUACGAGGACGUGUCGCUGGAGGCGCCCGACACGUGGGACGUCGGCGAGGACGACGCCGACAGCGGCGCCGGCGACGCCGACUGGGCCGCGCGACACGCCCGAGUACUGCUCUACGACAACCUUUGCAGAUACUUCCGGCCCAGCAAAGUGCCGCCACAGCAGGACAUAGCCGACCUGGUCGCACUGUGAGGCGACACGUGAAAUGCCGAUGAUGAUGAUGAUAGAGUCAGACCGUGAAAACUCUGCAGCGAUUUUGAUAGCCCACGCAGUGCAAGUGUCAUUUUAAACGUCAAAGUUUUAUAUGACGUAUAAAUAACACUUACACUGCGUGUGCUAUCAAAUCCGCUGCAGACUUUUCUUGGUGCGACUUUAGACGCUGGCAUAAGGGUGCUGUUCACAAUGUCACAUGUCUAAAUUUUGUACCUUAUUUCAUUAAAUUAGGGUUGAGAAUUGUAUACAUAUAUAUGACACUCACUGGAUACGAUUGCUUUGAAAAAUAAAAACGUGACUAAUGAAUGACUAAGUUUAGGUGCAUUUAACGAGUUAUAUAUCGAAUAUGCGGCGGCAAAAACAAUUCAAAAUGUGUUUUAUGAAAAUUUAUAAAAUUUUGAAUGCAGUGUCAAAAUGGUUACCUAUAAAUAAUUAAUUUUUAAUACAGUUGCUCAAAAAGUGCUACUUUACGUAGCUGUUUAGCGUGCGGAAAGUUGGUUAUCUCGAACUAGUGCUUUUUACUUUUCCAAUUUUUUUAAAUUUAUACUUGUUCCAAUUCACGACUACUUAUUGAUGAGUGUUAAUAUUAGUUUCCUUUAAACGUCGUAAUCAGCAUAAAAACCUACCGUUAAUGUAAGAAUACGAAAAAUAUUACAUAUUUCAUAUUUAAUUACUUACCUCUUCAUCAUUGUAACACGUUUAUUUUUUAAUAUUCAAUAUUGAAAAUUCCGUUCUUAAUAAGUUGACUGAAUGGAACGGAAUAGCUGCCAAACGCCCAUAGAUAUAAUAUACUUAAAGACGACGUCUAACCGAGCUGUCACUGUUACCACUUUUGUUUAGUGUACGAUUAACAAUGUUUUUCUUAUUUUUUCGCAACUGUAUUAAAAAAACGUCGUUCGAUACACGUGCGGAAAUGUCAUUCUUCACUCGUCCCGAGUCUUGCCACUCGCCUGCGGCUCGUGGCAAGAUAUCUCGGUACUCGUGAAGUAAUGACAUACCUUCCGCACUAGCAUCGAAAUGUACUAUUUCACUUCUAUAUACUUGAAAAAUCAAAUAAAUAAAAUAAACAAUAUAAAAACACAGAAAACUAGACGUGGCCUACGUACAAGAUACAUAUUUAUCGUGAUUAUUUUUGUGUCUUGUAACGAUCGAACAUUGAAAUAGUUAUUUACGAUUACGAUACAAGUGCGGAAAAGAGGAACUCGUGUUCAAAUAGUGUCGCCACUCGUUUCGAAUUACCUAUUCGCACGUGUAUCGUACAAAGUUUUACAGUACAUAAUAUAUGGCCCUUUAAACUUUUGACAUACGCACGAUAAGUGCUAUUUUACGCACUAUUGCGGGAAAAUAGGACCAUAUGUACUGUAAAAUAAUCUUUUGGUUUCACAUAGGGAAUGCAAAUCGGUUAUUUUUUGUAUGGAAAUAAUCGGUUAUUAACCGAAACCGCGGUUAUUUCCAUACAAAAAAUAACCGAUUUGCAUUCCCUAGUUUCACAAGUAAUAUUUCUUUAAAGCGUUUAUAAAAAUACCCUUCAAGAUUGUUUACUCUUUUUCUAAUGCUUAAAAGAGAACGACGAAUUCGAUUAUUAUUAAACGAGAUACAGCGAAUUUGGUUUGGUCGGGUUGUGAACCUCCACUAAUACAUAUACAUAAGGUUUAAUGGGUUUGUUAUGUGUACUGCAUAUAUAGAUGCAAGAUUACACACAUAAGGGGCGAUAAGUUUCACUAUAUUGCCACAAAUUGUGAAGAUAUUUUAGCUUUUAGAGUUUUGUCAAGUUUUGUGAAUGUGUAAAAAUUACUAACUAUUGCCAGACGCGUGUAAAACCGGUGUCCCGGUGCUGGAACGGAGAAUAAUAGGUUAUACUAAAUUUUUUAACCAUUUGUGUCUAAAACACACUCCUUUUAUUAAACCUAAUAGCAUAAGGGAUUAGACCGCCGAAAUCUGAAUCUCUAUCGCUCUACAAUCUACAUAAUAAUAAAUGAAAAGAUAAUACUAGCGACACAAUAAAUAAUAGUACUAACAGUGGCGGAUUUCCCAUAAGGCACAGUAGGCCCGGGCCUAGGGCGGCAAAAUAUUAGGGGCGGCAAAUUGUGACAAAAAAAUUCGCUGAUGAUAACAUAAAAUAACUCAAAAUUAGGCCAGGCAACGAAUUCUCAAAAAAAGGUACCUAUAGAGGGAAAUGCAUGAAACACAAUUUUAAUUUGACUUCGUACCUAACUUUAUUUGGACUAUCUAGGAGGUGAACAUAUCAAAAGUCCCCGGCCGUAGUCCUUGAGCCGGGGGAAGAAAAGGGUUUGAAGGUCGCAUUUUUCGGUUUUUCGCUUAUACAUAAUAUCUCGAAAACUAUGCGUUCUAACGACAUGCUUCAUUAUACAAAAUGAAAGCGGGUAAAAUUUGCUACAAGCUACAAGUUUUUUGAUAUCUUGAGGGCUCCGUUUUUAGGGUUCCGUACCUCAAAAGGAAAAAAACAGAACCAUUAUAGGAUCACUCGUGCGUCUGGCUGUCCGUCUGUCACAGCCUAUUUUCUCCGAAACUACUGGACCAAUUAAGUUGAAAUUUGGCACACAUAUGUAUGUUUGUGACCCAAAGAUGGACGUGUAACGUAAAUAAAUGAAUUUUAAAUAUGGAGGCCCUUUUUGGGGGGUAAAUGAGAAAAUUAAAAAUUAAAGUUUUUCAAACUAUAUCGUGUUACAUAUCAAAUCAAGGAGCUCAUUGUAAGAUUCUCAAAUAUAUAUAUUUUUUUUCAUAAUUUUAGGAUAAAUAGUUUAGCAGUUAUUCAAGAAAA